GAGUGUAGAGUCGAAGAAAACCAAGAAAGCCUCCACUUUGUUUUUGGUUCCUUCAGUUGAAUCCCAUGAUUAAUUCCGCUCUUUCGAUUCUUCAACCUCCCAAAAUUAUCAAAUAUUGUCGAUACCAAUCAUUGAUCUUCAAAACUGUUCCUAUCUCCCUUCUUCCAUCAAUCUCACCCUGCUCUUGUUCUAGUCAAAACCCUUCUAAAACCCUUGAGGAAGUUCAAGAAGAUGCUCAAGAAAUCUUCUGAAGAUGGCCAUCAGGUUUUUGUUGCAGACUCUCUAUUGAUCAACAACAAUGCCCCUCAGGUUUUUAAUAAGGAAAAGCCAAAGGUGGAAACUUAUUACAAACCCAUGUAGGUUUUCGCCUUCCUUUUCAUUUCACAAUGUUUCUCUGAACAAGACUAAUAAUCGAAAGACUGAGGAUGUCAAUGAGGAGAAUAAAAAUGGACCUCCUCCUCCUCCUCUUGCUGAAGAAAUCUUUAAGUCGGGUUCUUACAAACAAGGUGAUUCUACUUUUUAUUCUCUCUCAAUGGGUUAUGCUGAUUCUAAGGAUUUUGUGAAUUUGGAAAUUGUUUUGGAUAGAAUGAAGAGAGAAAGAAGAGUAAUUACAGAGAAAGUUUUCAUAUAUAUAUUUAAAGCCUGUAGAAAUGCACAUUUUCCUGAUAAAGCUGUCUACUUGUUUGAUAGAAUGGCAGAGUUUCAAUGUAGACAAAGUGUUCGAUCAUUUAACUCGGUUCUUAACGUUCUUAUUCAAGAGUGUCGUUUUGAUCAAGCUUUGUCUUUCUACUCUUAUGUCGUUGGAAAGGGUAUAUCACCAAAUGGUUUAACUUUUAAUUUAAUUAUCAAAACAAUGUGUAGAAUGGGUUUGAUUGAUAGAGCAAUCGAGACUUUCAGAGAUAUGUCAUGUCUCCCUGAUUUAUACACUUACUCUACUUUAAUAGAUGGUUUGUGUAAAGAGAAUAGAAUUGAGGAGGCUAUUACUUUGUUGGAUGAGAUGCAGAGUGAAGGGUGUUUUCCGAAUGAGGUAACAUACAAUGCAUUGAUCAAUGGGUUAUGCAAGAAAGGAGACAUCACUCGUGCUUCAAAGCUUGUGGAGAAUAUGUUCCUCAAAGGGUGUAUUCCCAAUGAAGUGACGUAUAACACACUCAUUCAUGGUUUGUGUCUUAAGGGAAAAUUGGAGAAAGCUGUUUGUCUUUUGGAUAGAAUGGUAGCAGAUAAAUGUGUACCAAAUCAUGUAACUUAUGGAACAAUUGUAAAUGGGCUCGUUGAGCAAGGUAAGGUUGCUGAUGCUGUUCUUUUGCUGGAUUCUAUGGAAGACAGAGGGCAUCGUCCGAAUGAGUACAUCUAUUCAUCCAUUGUGAGUGGAUUGUUCAAGGAGGGAAAUUCAGAAGGCGCGGUGAAAUUGUGGCAGAAAAUGAUAGAAAAGGGUUUCAAACCUAAUACCGUCCUCUAUAGUGUUCUCAUAGAUGGUUUAUGUCGACAAGGAAAACCAGAUGAAGCCGAAAAUAUUUUGCCGGAGAUGGUAAACCAUGGUUGCAUAGCCAAUGCUUUCACCUAUAGCUCCUUGAUGAGAGGUUUUUUUGAAGCAGGAAAUUGCGGAAAGGCACUACAAAUAUGGAAACAGAUGGAACACAAUGGAUGUAGUCCUAACGAGGUGUGCUUCAGUGUACUAAUUCAUGGACUUUGCAAGGAUGGAAAGUUAAAGGAAGGGUUGAUGGUAUGGAAGCACAUGCUGGGUCGAGGAUGUAAACCCGAUGUAGUGGCUUAUAGUUCGAUUAUUCAUGGCAUGUGUGAAGCUGGAUUUGUUGAUGGGGGCCUAAGGCUUCUCAACGAGAUGCUUUGCCUUGAUUCAAAAUCUCAACCUGAUAUAAUAACAUACAACAUCCUCUUUCAUGGUUUAUGCAAGCAAAAUAAGAUCUCUCGAGCUGUUGAUCUUUUAAAUAGUAUGCUGAAUCAAGGCUGUGAUCCUGAUUUAGUUACCUGUAGCAUUUUCCUAAAGAGUUUGGCAGAGAAGUUAAAUCCCCCUCAAGAUGGGAGAGAGUUUCUUGACGAGCUUGUGGUUCGGCUAUCUAAACGACGAAGAGUAUUAGGCGCUGCAAAAAUUGUGGAAAUAAUGCUGCAAAAAUUUCUUCCUCCAAAGGCUUCAACUUGGGAAAGGAUUGUUGAAGACCUUUGCAAGCAUAAGAAGGUUCAAGCAGCCAUUGACAGGUGCUGGCAUGAACUAUUUGGUUAGUUUCUAGGUAGCACAUUCAUUGUUGUACAAUUCUUUCAAGUUUUUUAUUUAAGAAGAAUGAAACGAA